CUCAUGCGGGCACGGUCUGCGCCAGGGAGCGCUCCGGCCGCUGGGGGCUCGCCGGGAACGAUGGAAUUUGAACUCUGGGAACCGAGCACAAAGUGAAAAAACAGCGGCUGGGCAGACAGGGCUGAGAUGGAUGAUGAGAGAACAGAUCGCAAUGCCAGCAAGCUGCACGGAGCUGGAGGCCAGGCGUGUGUAGCAGCGCCGGGUGCCCCGCGGAUGAGGGACUUUGUUUCAGACUGGUCUCCUUUACAUGAUGCUGCUAUCCAUGGGCGUCUGCUUUCCCUGAAGAAGCUCAUUGAACAGGGGAAUGAUGUCAAUCUUGUUACAGCAGACCAGGUGUCUCCUCUCCAUGAAGCCUGCCUAGGGGGUCAUGCUGCCUGUGCCAGUGUUCUGCUAAAACAUGGUGCUCAGGUGAAUGGAGUGACUAUUGACUGGCACACACCCCUGUUCAACUCCUGUGUCAGUGGCAGUGUGGCUUGCUUGAAUUUACUGCUGGAGCAUGGAGCCAGCCUGCAACCACCCUGUGACCUGGCAUCUCCCAUCCACGAAGCUGCUAAGAGAGGUCAUGUGCAAUGUGUCGAACUCCUUGCGUCCCGUGGGGUGAAUAUAGAUCACAACAUCAAGCACCUGGGUACUCCACUCUAUGUAGCAUGUGAGAACCAGCAAGUGAGCUGUGCCAAGAAGCUGCUUGAGUCAGGAGCAAACGUGAACAGCGGCAAGGGCCUGGACUCCCCUCUGCACACGGCUGCCAGGAGUUGCAGCGUGGAGCUGGUGAAGCUGCUGGUGGACUUUGGAGCAGACCUGUGGCUGAAGAAUGCUGAAAACAAGAGGCCAGUGGAGCUGGUCCCACCUGGCUGCCCUCUGGGCCAGCUGUUCCUGCAGAGAGAAGGUGCCCCUUAAGAACCUGUUUUAGGGAAAACCCACACAGACUGCUGCACAGGGCUAGGCUGUUCCAGGCUGCUAGCGCUAGGAAACUGGGAAUAACUGAGCUUGCCUCCAUUUGCUGACAUAGGGACAUUGUUCAAGUGCCAGAAUAUAGUGGUGAACUGACAGUGACAGUGAUAACAAAAAUAAUCCAUCCUGAACCUCCAGAUUUUUAAUCUUCUGCAUCAGGAAGCAAUCAUCUUGACCUUGCCAUUUAAUGCAGAAUAGAGUUUAGGGUGAAUAAACAAGUAAAAAAUGCCUUAUAAAUGAAUGGUAGCUUUUUAAAAUUGCCUAAAGCUUUGAAUUUAGUCAGAAUGUGUCAGUUCCCUUGUGUCAGACAGCAGUAGACCCAGGAGUGUUCCAUGGGGUAUGCUGACAAAUGCAGGCAGCAAAUCACCUCUGAUGGGAAUUAAGGCUAGGUAGGGAGGAUGAGGUUUGGGAUCUCUGGAUAUACAGUAGAUCAGAUAUAGUAGGUCAGGUUUGUCUCAGCACAAAUGCAUAAAUGCAGAUUUGCAAGCCAAAAAAAUUUAAUGCAUGAAAUACUAGAAAAGGUAUAUUGAACAUGGGUUUUAAUUCUUUGUCCUUUGCUUUUAUUCUUGGGCCAAGCUGUUACAUAGAAAAAGUAUCUUUAAAAUUAAAGGCUACAUGAUUUUUUUUUUUAAUAUUAAGGGAAAUUGCACAGGAAUUAUAUAUUGAUAUUCAGUUAUACACUAGACUUUCUCUAAAGACCAAACAUGUGCUGAAUAAGAACAGCAGUAUCAAACCAUAAGCUUAAAAUUUAGGAAGAUUCUAUUUCAUACUUGUAAACUAAUAGUUUCAGGUAAUUUUAUUUUAUUUUAUUGAUUGUGAAAUCUUUAAUGAAUUAUGGAGAAAAAUGUUACUUAUUAUUGAGGGAAAUUAGAAUGAGAUCCAUAGUGUCUACUCGUUUUUAUACUUGCGUUCUUCCUUAGAUAUUCUCAGUCAGUCAGCAAGCUAUAUACAUUACUAAAUAAUCUGAAUUUUCAUUGUUUUAAACAAAUUGAUGAUUUGUUUAAAACAGUUACACACUGAUGACAUUGUUGCCAUAGAAAGGUAAAAUUGGAAUAGCAAAGUGAUGAAUCAGGCCCUGCUUGAAAAAGUAACAUGAAAGUUGCAUGGAAGCAACUGUGCUGUGCAUGUUAUGCAUGAGCAAAGGAUAUUUGGUUUCCCAGCCUAAUCUAUGGCACACAGAACAGUGAUCUCUUUGAGUUCCAGUCCGUGCUGCAUUCAGUUCCUGACUCCUGUGGCACUGCAUGUGUCCUGUUUAUUUCAGAUAGAAAAACAUUUCAGGCACGCCCUGUGCUGCUGACCUGGAACACUGCUCAGGCUGAGCUGACAGCAUGGGCAGUGAGGACCUUUCUAAGUGAAAUUCAGCAGUCAAAAUCAGAAAAAAUAAAUGCCUGGAGGGAA